AUGCCGUCCAGCGCCAAUAACAUCAGGAAUAUUGUAGUAGUCGGCGCAGGUGUCGCCGGUUUAACAACAGCAAUCACGAUACAGGAGAAGGGUGGCUACAGCGUAACCAUCGUCGCGGAGACAUUCCCCAGUGAUCCGAAGACGAUCAAGUACUGCAGCUUCUGGGCGGGAGGACACCAUGUCAGCCACGCCGGUGGGGACGCCAGGCUACAGAAGAUCGACUCGGAUACAUUCAAGAUUAUGUGGGACCUUUCUGCCCCGGGCGGGGACGCAGAAGCAUGCUUCAUGCGCAUUUCUGAGACUCAAUAUUUCUACGACGGUAGAGAUGCGCACUUAGAUUGGAUGCCCGACUUCAAGAGGCUGCCUGAAGAUUCACUCGUUCCAGGCGCGAAAGUAGGCGUGACAUUCACGACCCUCACCUUCGACUGUCCGAAGUAUGUGAACUAUCUCCUCGCGCGGUUCCUUGCGCGUGGCGGGACGGUUGUCCGUGGCUCGGUGCAGCAUGUUAAUCAGGUCGCCGAGGGCGGCGCAGAUAUCUUCGCACGUGGGCGUGCGUCGUCUGCGCCCGUUGACGCGGUCAUUGUGUGCCCUGGCUUGGGAGCCCGUACGCUCGGCGGUGUCGAGGACGACCAAGUCUAUCCCGUCGGGGGCCAGACUGUCCUCCUCCGCGCGCCGUGGGUGACAUUUGGCCGCUCCGCGAGCCAUCUCUCAGAAGCCCGCUGGACAUUCACCAUUCCUAGGAAGAGCGGCGAGAUCAUUUGUGGUGGCACGAAGGUCGACAACGACUGGUACCCUGUGCCGCGGCCUGAGACGACCGAGGACAUUUUGAAGCGAUGUCUUGCUCUCUGCCCGGAACUUGCGCCACCGGAAGUCCGGGCGGUGCGUGAGCCGACCGUGGACGACAUCCGAUCUCUCAUCCUAGAGGAGGGUGUCGGGCUAAGGCCGGCGCGGAAGGGCGGCAUCAGGCUGGAUGUGGAAUGGAUAGAAGGCAGAAAAGGCCAAGGCAAAAUUCCAAUGGUGUUCAACUAUGGGCAUAGCGGGGCGGGAUUUCAAUCAUCCUGGGGUUCUGCGUCGAUUGCUUUGGAUUUGUUGGAGAAAUCAUUGGAUGCAUUCAGUUUGUAA